GUUCCCCACUCUAAACGAUAUCAUCGAGACCUAAAGCAUCCUGAUUAGCUAAGCAAGGCUAUGCUAAGGCUACUUUACACUGUGGAAAAUUGACCUUAUCGCAUUUUCUGACUGCUUUGCCAUGCCAAUCAAAUGUCUACGUAUCUUACUUUACUUUUAACACAAAUACAGCAAAUGUCUGAUUAAACAGUCUGUCAGUUCAUAGUUAUUUUCCACUUGUCACAUGAUUAAUCGCAAGGCUUUAAAGUGCAUAUUAUUAAUUGAUUUUAUUGCACUUCACUUCAGUCGCCUAAAGGCUGCCCAGUUUCAGUAAAAAUGUCCUGGGGAAAGCAUUUCGUCUACGCGUGGAUAACUUAUUUUCUAGCAUUUUGUGGAAUCGGUAGAUUCUAUUUUGAUGUCCGCACUGGCAAAGUGAUAAAAUCGCCCUAUUUGUGCUAUUAUAGUAGAGUAUUUAUUCUAUUAAUUUUAUGCACUUUCCCAGUGAUGAUACAAUCUUAUGUGUUUAACCCUGCGUGGUUCCAUACCGAAUCCAAAAUAAUAUCCGUCUGCAUUAUGGCAUAUCCUGUCAUUUUGUUGAUUUCAAUAUUGAGCUGCAUGUUCUGUGUUGAACGCUGGCAGCUCAGGAUAAUCAGAAUGAUUGAGGAUCUGCUGAAAAUGGAGGAUUUUCGUAUCGGACCGAACUAUUGCGCCACACCAGCCGAUAAGUCAUAUCUACAUCGGCUAUUUUGGUUGAGGUUUAUAAUUAUAAUGCCACGAACGGCUGUACUACUUAUGCGGAUUAUCAACAAAAACAGCGAUGUUUACUUUUUCUUAAAUUCCUUCGUAACAAGAGUUAUGAGGGGUGGAUUAUAUUUUCUAGUGUUUAGUCUCAACUGGCAGAUAUACGUAACAUUCUUGAACCUGCAGCUUUGCCUGGAGCAUUUAUAUUUGGCCACUAUGCCAAUGGCAAGGAAACAAGCCAAACUAUUGGAGUUGCAUCGGAUGUACUAUAGACUAAUCCACAUGAUUAACGAUUUAAGCCUUAUUUUCAAAUAUCCAAUGUUUUGCUGCUUGCUUCAACUGAUUUGCAAUACCUGCUUAAGUGGCUAUCUAUUAAUUCGUUAUAUCUUUGGAAAGCCCUCUAAAUCCAUCGCUUCUAAAACCGAUCCAAUAGUAUUAAUUCUAUGCAUCGUUGAUGUAUUGGAGUUCUACCUCCAUGCCAGUAUCGCUCACUUGACUGCUAAACUACAUGAUAGUACACAUCAUAUAUUACGCUACCCAUACCCAAACUUAGAUCUAUUGGAGCGCAGUGUGAGUAUAAGUGGCACUUGGGUUAAAUCGAAAGUAAUUUACAAUAUUUUAGAAUGACUGGCUAGCCCUGCAGCUAACAUGGCAGAACAAGAAUGUCCACAUCUUUGGAGUACUAACCAUCAAUUUGCGCCUAAUCUUUGGAGUUAUUAUUAGCAUUGUACUGCACAUUAUAUACGUGUUACAGAGCGACUACGCCUACAUGGCAGUAUAAACCUAUUUUGCAAACAAAUCAACUUUUAAUUUAUAUACUUGAGAAGUGGUAUCAUAUUAAAUUGUAGUUUGUAAUUCUUUCUCUUACAUAGUAAUAUAAUUUGUAUAUUAUAAUAGACCAGCGGCAUACUGAUUCGAAGAGGAACAAUAAGAUACACUUUCGAGCUCAAGCAUAUUUAAGUCGCGGAUAAAAAAAUUCAGAGUAAAUGACAGCUCUCAUUUCCUAUUUGGUUUUUUUUGGUUUUUUUUUCGGCUCGCUACCAACUAAUAUUAACCGUGGUAAAAAAUUCUUAGAGAAAGCACUUGGUCUACGCAUGGAUCACAUAUAUCUUAGACUUACUAUCUUGGAUUUACUAUAAAUUCCUUUACAUGUUUAACGAGUUCUGCGUAAUUUUCACAUAUCCUUAUAUAUAUAUUCAUAUAUACCUGUAUCAGUGUUUCGACUGCUGAUUGGAAAGCCCUUCACAAUAUUUAGUUCUACCAUAGAAUGGCUUAUAAUACUUGUAUUCGUCGGUGAUAAUCUAGAACUCUACGUCUUGGCCAGCAUACCUAACAAGGCGGGUGAUCUUCACACAGAUUCGGAUUUAUUGAGUCGUAAUGUAUGUUCAAUUAUUUUAAUUUGAUAAUAUUUAGGUAAACCAGGUUUAAGGAUAAUAAUUGGUUCAACCAAAAACAAAAACCAAAAAGCGUAGAGCAUUCCUGGAUCGACAUUAAAAUGUACACUUAGAUGCAUUAUUCAUUAUGCAUUUCUUUAUAGAAUAGAUAUGGAUGGGCGGAGAAAAUAGACUGUGAAAUGCUUUAGACACAGUUAGAUUAAGAUAAGAUUUCCACAUUGUCGUUUUACUAAUUGAUUAAUCGCAGUGCACUGCAUUCACUAAGUAGCUUGGCUAGUCUUGUUCAAAAUGUCCUCGGGAAAGCACUUGGUCUACGCGUGGAUUACAUAUCUCUUCGCAUUUUGUGGAAUCGCUGGAUUCUACUUUGAUAUUCGCACGGGCAAAUUGAUAAAGUCACGUGUACUGUGCAUUUAUAGUAGACUACUCAGUUUAUUUAUUUUGAGCACUUUCCCAACGAUGAUUAAUAUAUAUUGGAUUAAAGCCCCUACGUUUCUUACUCAAUCCAAGCUUACAGUCGUCUUAAUAAUUGCUUAUCCUACUAGCUCCUUGAUUACGGUAUUAAGCUGUAUAUUCUGUGUAAAUCGGUGGCAGCACAGGAUAUUCAAGUUGAUGGAGGAUCUGCUGAAAAUGGAGGAGUUUGCCAUCGAACCCAACUAUUCCAUCACACCAUCUCAGCAGCCAUAUCUAAGACGGCUUUUCUGGAUCAGAUUUUUGCUACUUAUGGGGGAAGAUGUCGUAUUUAUUCUACGGAUGCUUCUCGUCAGAGUGGAUUUUUCUUUUAUUAUAGCGUUCUUGUAGCUAGAGUUAUGAAAGGAGGACUGUAUUUCCUGCUAUUUAAUCUCAUCUGGCAAAUAAGUUAUACAUUCAUGAAACUUCAGAUUUACCUAGAAAAUUUACUUUUUCGACCUAUGCCAAUGUCAAGGAAACAAAGCAAACUACUGGAGUUGUAUCGGAUUUACUAUAGGCUAGUCCAUAUGAUAAACGAGUUGUGCAUAAUCUUCAAAUAUCCGCUGGCUUGUUGUUUGCUCAAAUUAACUUGCAAUUCCUGUUUGAGUGGAUAUACACUUUUUCGACUGCUGUUUGGAAAGCCCAUGAAAUCUUUCACCCCUAAAACUGAUUGGCUUAUAUUAACUUUAAGCGUCAGCGAUGCAUUCGAACUCUACAUCCUGGCCAGCAUUGCCCACACGGCUGGUGAUCUUCAUGAUAGUACUUUUCACAUUUUACGCUAUCCUUACUUUGAUUUGGAUCUGUUGGAACGCAACAAUGACUGGCUAGCUCUGCAGCUAAUAUGGCAAAAUAAGAACAUCAACGUGUUUGGUGUACUAAACAUUAAUCUUCGCCUCGUUUUUAUAUUUAUAACUAACAUCGUACUAAAUAUUAUAUACAUGAUACAGAGUGACUACGGCUAUUUAUCAAUAUGAACUCCUUUCGAAUACUUCUAAAAUCUUCGUUUCUGUGUUAAUAUUACUACAAGAAUUCUUAUAUAAUAAACACGCUGGUAUUAUAAUAUAUUUCACAUGGAUAAACCAAAUAUGUUUUACACCUGUUCGGUUCAUUAUCAAUGAUCGUUAUGACAAUCAACAGCGAACAUAGAGUCCCAAGAUCGUUACAAAUACUACGACGAGAUUGCCCACGGCGUCUCCUCGAAGAAACGCGGGGAGAUUGUUGAGCGCGCCCAGCAGCUCUCCGUGCGUCUGAUGAGCCCCAACAGUCGUCUGUGUUCCCACGAAUAAGCUUAAGUUUGGUAUUCGCUUAAAUGAGUUUUCUUUUUAGUUUGAAGCUUUAACCCUUUAACUAUAUUAAGUUGAAACCAGUAAGAGGCUCCAGUUGGGAGCUGCCGACUAGGAGAUACCCUGAACCCUCUUCUUUUAAAACCUAAUGCAACUCACGUUGCGCGUUCGCUUGCUUUAAAAAUAGUUUCCUCAAUUGUAAGCCGUAUACUGAGUAGAUCAUGGCUAAGUUCUUAUACCCUUAAGCAGCCGUGUCAAUAUAGCAAUGUCCAUUCGACUUAUAGUAUCCUGAUAUUCGUCCUUUUGUUGCAGGAAGUAAGUAUAUCAAAGCGGAAGGUAUCGGAGCCCCUUAUUAUACAGUAUCAAGAUCACACCACUAUACUAUAUAGCUGGACAGGCAAAGGGUUAUUUCUUAACAGUAUAUCUUGACCCAACUAAACAAUAACUGGAAAGAGUAGUCAACCUUCGGAGUGCUUGUUUUGUGUUGAUUUAGUUAGAUUACAAGAGCUGUCAGUUUCUAUUUAUUUAUUUAAUUCUUUUAAAUGUCCUUUUCUAAUGGACUUGAUGCACUUCAUUGAAUUCACCUUAAGGCUUGUUAGUCGUGGUUAAAAUGUCCUCGAGAAAACACGUCGUCUACGCAUGGAUAACAUAUAUCUUAGCAUUUUGUGGAAUCGCUGGAUUCUACUUUGAUAUCCAUACUGGCAGAGUGAUAAAAUCGCGUGUAUUGUCCUACUACGGCCGUUUUUUUAGUCUGCUUAUUUUGGUCAUCACACCCAUGACAAUAUAUACAUAUGCGAUUAACACGCCGUUGAAUCUAACUCAAAACAAGCUUAUGAAUCUCUUGAUUGCCACAUAUCCCUCCGUUAUGUUGGCUUCCAUUGUAAGUUGUAUGUUCUGUGUACAACGGUGGCAGCACAGGAUCAUCAAGUUGAUUGAGGAUCUGCUGAGAAUGGAGGAGCUUAGCAUCGAACCUAACUAUUCCGUCACACCAUCUCAGCAGCCUUAUCUGAGACGGCUUUUCUGGAUCAAACUAUGUCUUGUAAUACAACGAUUAGUAAUAUUAUUUGUAUAUUAUAUAUUUGCCCAAGACAAAGACACAAUAUUUAAUUUAACCGUUUCACUCUUUCGAAUCAUGAGGUGUGGAUUUUAUUUCCUAAUGUUUAAUAUAAUAUGGCAAAUUAGCUUAACCUUCUUAAAACUGCAGCUUUACCUCGAGCAAUUACUUUUUGAUAUAAUGCCGAUGGCAAAGAAAAUAAAUAAAAUACUCAAAGGUCAACGGAUGUAUUACAGACUUAUUCGGAUGAUUAAUGAACUAUGUACCAUUUUCAAGUAUCCUCUAUUUUUUUACCUGAUUUAUCUUGUUUAUAUAUAUGGCUUAAGUGGAUACACAUUAAUUCAAAUGCUAUUUGGGAAAAAGUUAUACAUAUGGCUCCCAACCAUGAAACUUUUGCAUAUUUUGAUAACUAUUAUUGAGGCAAUGGAAUUUUACAUAUUGGUCCGUAUUGCUCAUAUGGCCAAUACCCUUCAUGAGCAUACAUUUUACAUUUUACGCUACCCUUACCUCAAUUCGGAUCUAGUGGAGAAAAGUGUGAGUAAAUAUCUCCAUUUAUGUCUUAUAUUUUUAUCACUUGACUAUUUUAGAAUGAAUGGUUUUCCCUCCAGCUAACCCGGCAAAAUAAGAACGUCCACAUUUUUGGCGUAUUUAUCAUUAACU